GUGGUAAAUGCAAGUUUAGUUGCAACAUUUUAAAAGACAUGUGGACAGAUUUGAGUGAGUGAAGGGAUAAUAUCUCUGAACAGACUUCUGGAUAUCUAGAAAACAAUUUAAAGAAUGACGAAGGUCACAAAAGAACUGUUGCUUCAAAAAGGAACCCCAAAAUGCUCCAAUUUGGGUCAAAUCAAGAAAAUCAAUCUUUCCAACUUGAAUUUGAAAACCAGUGAUUUAGAUCCAAAGUUAUUUUCCCAGCUACGGACAUUAGAGGAACUUGAUGUGUCUGGAAAUCUGCUGACAGAAAUUCCAAACAAUCUGGGACUUACCAACUUGAGACUUCUCAACUGUGCCAAUAAUGAUAUGGAACAAAUUACAACACUGAACCAGUUUAAGAAUCUUGAGGAUCUCAAUUGUGAAGAUAACUUGUACUUAACAAUCUGUGACAUUUACAAGGUAAUGUACCUGCUGCCCAAUCUUCGACAACUCAAUGGUAAAGAUAUAACAUCCACUGCAAAUCAUCUGAAGUUCAUCAACAGCCAGAAGCUAAUGUCUCAAGUAACUAAUUUUUGGGAGAAAAAUUACAAGAUCCGGUUCUUUGAACUCCUCCCAACAGCUGCUGAGAUCAAUGCUAUUAAAAAAGACUUUGUGAAAUGUGCAAUUGCUGAAAUAAAAUAUGGUCCGAACUCUCUGAAAGAAUUCACAAAGUGGAGAGUGGAAAUGAUAGCUAGAGAAUUUGUGAACUCCUUACUCCAGCAAGAUAAGCAGGGAUCCUCUGCAGAAGAAAGUGAAGAUGAGGAUGGAAAGAAAGCAAAUCACACUGAUGUCCUAAAAAGGUCUAGUAGAAAAAAUUUGCUGAGUUCUCAGCCCUCCAUUGCAAUAUCUUCAACCAGAAGCACCAGGCUUUUUACUGCACAUGGUACGACUAAGAGCGGAAAGCAAGUCACUUCUGAAAUUUCAAAGAAUGACACUGAAGACGUUUCCAGUAAAAGUAUGAAAAUUCAGCUUGGAAAAGAAAGACAAACAGCUCAGAUGGCUAAGUGUUGCAACAAAGCUGGUAGAGAUGACAUGAAAAUGGAACCCAGGGCUACAAAGAGGAAUUGUUCAGAAACACCAGUUGUCAGUAAAAGUAUUCUAAGAAAGAAAUCAAAAUACAAGAACACUCUAGUCCUAGAGCCUCUACAUUUUCUACAGAGCCACAGCAGGGAUAAUAAUCCCAAGGAUUUAAGUACUCAGCUUUGGGCCUGUGCUUUUGAACCAGAAAUAAAGAAUUCUCAGAUUCCAGGGCUGGAGUCAUCUCGGUCUGUUGCUACUUGUGGAGGGGAUUCAGUUUGCAUCAUUGACUGUGAAACUGGAAUUGUCCGUCAUAAGUAUAAGUCAGUUGGAGAAGAAUUCUUUUCCCUUGCUUGGACAACCUUAACUGUGUUUGAUAAGAAUCAGAAAAGAAACCUCAAUGUGUUAGCUAUAGGUGGAAAGAUGGGUGCUGUAAAGCUGAUUCAUGUAAAAGUGAGUUACUGCUAUGGAAUGAUAAAGGCUCACAAAAAAGCUAUCUCAACUCUCUGCUUUUCUCCAAAACAUGAGACGUUUCUCUUCACUGGAUCCUAUGAUAAAACCAUCAUCUUGUGGGAUAUUGGUGUUCCAGAUUGUGAUUAUAACUUCAGAGUGAGUCGGUUGCUGGUUUUGAAAGUUUGUUCAACCCCUUUGAAGAUGAGUGUUGUUCCAACCUGCCCUGAUCAAUACCUUGUGGCUGCUUGCGAAGGCGGAUGCUUUGCCUGGGAUAUCUCACUAACUAACUAUGAGAGCAAAAGAAAUAUUAAGAUGGAAUUUCUGUUCCCAGUCUACACUAAAGAAGGUGGCAAAUCUAAUUCUCGUAUUGUUGAUUCUUUGGCAUUCUGCAAUGAUCUUGUAGCUUCCAAAAGUUUUAUGCAAGGCUCUAUAUACUUGUGGAGCUGGAGUCAAACUUUAAAAAGAUGGAACAAACGUCAAACAAAGGUACAUGCAGUAAUUCUGAGAGAGAUGGAAUGGUCAAAUACAGAAGAAGUUUACAUCGCUCUCACUGCUUCUCCAGUUGAAAACUAUGUCCUGUGUGGCGAUGAGAAAGGAGACAUUUGGAUGUACGAGCUCGAGGGGGUCACCAAUGAAGAAAUGACUUCCGGCAAGAAGACUCCACCAACACAGAUUCUCAAGUGGCCAGCCAUAAAAGCACAAGGGGAAAUAAUUGAAGGAACAUUGAUAAAUAAUGUAAGCACGGACCCAGAAUUUAAUUACCUUGUAGCAGUGACCGACAAAAACAUCGUUGUUAUUUGGAAAAGAACAUAAAGUUUUCAGCAAGGAAGCAGAACAACUAAAUGUCCAGAAUCAAAAUUUGCAGCUAUCUUGACUUCAAGUGGAACUGAACGAUGCUGUAAUAGCACUCUAGUUUUGUAUUCAAAAUAAUGGUGUUUUAUGUAAGAAUUAUGAAUUUCUUCUGAGUAAGAAAUGUGCGUACUGAAGAAGAUGGACAAGAUCGAGGAGUCAUUGAGCCAAUGUAAUAAAUACUAGUCAAAUACUUGCAGUGCUGCUUAUGGUUAAGUUAAAGGCUAGACUGAAUAAUUGCAAAUUGAAUUGUAUGCAAGUCAACACAUCAUGACCACAUAUUUGUACUUUUGUAGACAUGUAUACAGUAGUUUAUAAAACCUAAAGUCAGAACACAAUAUUUAAUGUCAUAUAAUGCACAAAACAUAAUUUUCAGCAGAAGGGGUAUUUCUAGGACGGGAGAGAAAAGCUAAUUCAGAAAAAUUGUGAAGAAGGUGAUGCUGAUGGGGAAAUUGCUGAAGUUGAUGGGACCAGUCUGGCUACCUUUUUAAACUUCUUGAAAAACAUUGAGGAAAGAUUGAACUGAUGCCUUUUCCUUUUCUUGUUUCCUGAUAGCACAGCAGACACUCUCAACUCUAUGGACCUUGGUAUUUUGAUAUUCUUGGGUAUUUUUCUUCAAAUUACUCAUUCCUACUUUAAAGAGUCUGAAACCAUCUGCCAAUUGUUUGGAUGUGAAUCACUUAGUGUCAGGAAUCUCUGCUUCCUCUUCUUCAUCUACGAUCAUCUGGUGUUUCAGUUCCAUCAGGUUUUCAUUACUUAUUCACCUCUUAUGAGUGGGAUUCAAGCAACUCCUGAAUAUUAUCAACAACGAUAUCAAACUCCAGGUGAUUGCCAAGUUCGACCACUUUGUUUGCCACUGCCUCAAUAGUUUCUUCAAAACCUUAGAAGCCAUUAAUAAUGAGGGCAAAGUUUUUUCCUGAUACCAUUCGUAUCGAUUUGCCUUACGUUCAUCCCAUGCCUUUGAAAUGUUCUUUAAUACUUGGUAGAUGUAAGACUUCUAAAAUUUGUUUUGUUUUUUAACCUCCUUUGUCUAUUGCUGUAAUGGCUUGUGAAAAUGUCCUACGGUGGUAGUAGGCUUCAAAGGACACAAUGACACUCUGAUCCAUAGGUUUAAGUAUGGAGGUUGUCUUGGGUAGCAAGUACACAAACUUAAUGUUGGAAUGAAAAUCAUCCAGAUAUGCAGGAUGUCAAGGAGCAUUAUUUAGGAUUAGUAAAGUCUUGAAGGGCAGUUUCUUACAGGCACAGUACAAAUCUACCUUAGGUACAAAAUAAUGCCAGAACUGGACCUCAAAAGGCUCAAUGCCACCCAAGCCUUUUUAUUGGACUUCCAUAUGAUUGGAAAUGAUGUCCUCCAGGUUCCCUCGAAACCCCUAGGAUUUUCAGCAUAGUGCAUAAGCACUAUGUACCUUCGCAUCUUCCAAAACAGCUCCGUCUCAUCAAUGUUGAAACCUGUUCAGCACUGUAACUGUGCCCCCUCUAAUUAUUUCAGCCAGCAUAUCAGGAAAUUUGCCGACCGCAUUAUGAUCAGCACCAGCAGCUUUCCCUUGUAAUUUAAUGUUGUGCAAAUUUGCCUUCCUUUUAAAUCUGUUUAACCAACCUUGCCUAGUGAUGAAAUUGCUUUCUCUUGAAUGACCUUUAGGUUAACCAGCAUACAACAAUGAUGCUGAUCCUCAAGCCAAACAAUUAACAGUUUUUUCAUUUCUACAAUUAAUCUACUCCUUUGUUUAGUAAUUACUAUUGUACUGAGCCCUUCACAUGUUCCAGAAUGUACGCUUUAUCUUUUAAAAUAGUUCCAACUGUUGAAUGGCUAAGGCCUAAUUCUUUUCCAAUGUUCAUCAGCAUCUUUGCCUUUUUCAGAUCACUUGAGUAUUGUCUACUUUUGCCUCCCAUGUGAUGGUUUUACAUUUCUUUGCACUAUCAGCACUGGUAUCAUGUGCAUUGGAACUGUAUGAUAACUACAGUACUGUAACAUAGCAACACUUUGAAGACUUGUAUGAAGUAGUGUAAAUCUCCAGAGAUGCAUUGUUUCUCCAUUCUUCCAUUGGGAAGUAUAAAUGAAUGUUCAGAUUGUUGGAUCCUUAAAAUAAGUAGUAUCUUAUGGGAUCGUAUUCGUAAGUUAGAUGUUUAUAAAUUGGAGUCGGCAAGUGUAUUACUGCUAGUAUGUUACAUGUGGCUUAUCAUGUUUCUUUAAGGCCUACAGCAUGUUAUUUAUAUUCUAGCUGCUCCUCAAGUUAAUUCAGAAUCAGACGCUGACUUGAAAUUUUUAUACUCCAUCAUAGCCUCCCUUCCUAACACUGAAUUUUUAAAACCAAUCUAAAGCUACUUCUUGUUGCUGAAAAAAUUUUGUCUGUGUUAGAAAUUGUUGGCUUUCAUUGUUUCUUUUAAAUGUACUUUUUAACCACAUAUAUUUGCAUGUAUGACAUGAAAUGUGAUGGAUGCAACUUGUGGCACAGUGGUAGUGUCCCUACCCGUGGACCGAGAGACCAGGUUCAAGUGUCACCUGUUCCAGAGAUGUGUAAUAACAACCCGGAACAGGUUGAUUUAGAAAAAUAGGUUAAAUUUUUAAGUUUUAAAAAUUAAAUGUGGAAAACUAGUCAUUGGAAUUUAAAAUUACAAGUGCAUUCACAGUCUACAUUUCCUUCACUAAACAACACAAAGUUUGAUCUGAGGCUUUACUUAACAGAUGUGGUUCAAAAGAGACUGUACAUGACCUUCUAAAGUAAUAUAGACCUGACCACCAUGAGCAGUCAUGCAAGAUUGCAAUUCAGUAGCCAAAAAAAAACUGGUAUGUGAAAGAAUACAGAUACUGUUCCUCUGAAAUUGAUUUGAACUUUUGUAGCUUGGUGUUUACUACAUUAUAAUGUAGUUAUAGUGAAACAAAAUAGUCAAUAUUGGAAUGUUCUGAGGAUGGGUCACUGGACCCAAAACGUUAACUCUGAUUUUGUUUUUCUUCCACAGAUGCUGCCAGACCUGCUGAGCUUUUCCAGCAACUUCUGUUUUUGUUCCUGAUUUACAGCCUCCGUAGUUUUUUCGGUUUUUAUUUGGAAUGACCACAAUCUGUUAGCUAUGUAAUGAAUAAAUCAUCAGUGUUAAUCAUGGAUAUGUGCUAGUUACUUCAAUUUUAUUUUGUUUCUUCAAGGUUUUACUCUCUAAACAAUGCUAUAUGUAGAUUGGUUCAUUUAGGAGAACUGUAAACCUUACUCCUGCUCCCACCCUGAUGUGACUGUUUUAAUAAAUACCUGCUUAUGUCUUCCUUA